AUGUAUUCCAACAUCCGCCACCACCAGAAAAUUUUCAAAAUGACAAAAUCAAUUCCAUUAUCUUUCGCCCUUUUCUUCACAAUCUCUUUUUUCACACAACCGGUUACAGCCGAGAUCAAAUCCUUAAAGAUCGAUCAAGACAAUCGUCCGAUGAUCCUUUUCGAACAAUUUGGAUUCACCCACAAAGGAUUUGCUUCCGUAUCAAUCUCAUCCGUCUCCGUCACAGCCGGUUUAUCAAAACCCGACCCGUCACAUCUCGGUUUUUUCCUUCUUUCUCAAGGCUCAAUAAAUCAAGUUAUUAUGGAACUUGAACAAAAGCCUAAUUCGUGUAUUAUAGAUUCAAAAUUUAUCUCUCUUUUGUUCACCUUCAAAGAUCUUUCUCCACCCCAUCAUUCAUCUCAUAAUAAAUUCUACGCUGUUGGUUAUCCCGGAGAGUACUCGUUGUUUUUCGCUAAUUGUAACCCCGGAUCACUUGUUUCAAUGGAUGUCCGUACCGAGCUUUAUAAUAGCGAUGAUGGAAAACAUAAGGAUUACUUAUCCGCGGGUCUAACCAUGCUCCCCGCGUUUUACUUUAUUUUUUCGAUUAUAUAUGUAUGUUUCUUGGGGUUUUGGAUCGUUGAAUGCUGUAAAAGCAAGUUAUCUAUUCACCGGAUUCAUUUCCUUAUGGCGGUGUUGCUUCUUGCAAAGGCGCUUAAUUUGAUUUGUGCGGCUGAGGACAAACAUUACAUUAAGGUUACAGGUACGCCUCAUGGAUGGGAUGUGUUGUUCUACACGUUUCAGUUCUUGAAGGCGGUGCUAUUGUUCACCGUUAUUGUUUUGAUUGGUACGGGAUGGUCAUUUUUGAAACCAUUUUUGCAAGAAAAGGAGAAAAGGAUUUUGAUGAUUGUGAUUCCACUUCAAGUUCUGGCAAAUAUAGCUUCUAUAGUGAUUGGAGAAAAUGGUCCUUACAUUAAGAGUUGGAUAACUUGGAACCAAGUGUUUUUGUUAGUAGAUCUUAUAUGUUGUUGCACCAUUCUUUUCCCUAUAGUGUGGUCGAUUCGUUCAUUAAAAGAAACGUCUAAAACAGAUGGGAAAGCUGCUAGGAAUUUGGCAAAGUUGACUCAUUUUAGGCAAUUCUAUGUUUUGGUUAUUGGAUACUUGUAUUUCUCAAGAAUCAUUGUUUUUUGUUUGAAAACAAUCACGGCUUAUAAGUUUCAAUGGGUGGCUAAUGCGGGAGAGGAAGUAGCGAAUCUCGUGUUCUAUAUGGUGAUGUUUCACAUGUUUAGGCCAAUUGAUAAUAAUGAGUACUUUCUGAUUGAUGAUGAGCAAGAAAAUGAAGCCGAGAGAUAUCUGCAGCAAGAGGAGUUGGAGCUUUGA